AUGAGGCUCUCACUCUCCUUGUCCAGCUGGCUGGUCUGUCUCUUUGCUUGGAGGAUAGCCGCCGAUAACAACACGCAACCCAUCUCCAUCUUUCGAUCGAGACCUGACUUAUCCGCUCCCAUUUUGAGCGUGUUCCGACACCAGCGAGAAAAGCUUGCACCAGGCUACUAUUUCGUUGCGCCCUAUCAGUCCACAAACGAAGCCAUUCACAUCUACGACAAUGACGCGAACUUGGUUUACUCGGGCUUUGGUAGCGCUGGACCCGGCGUUUCCCAUGCUCCCCAGACAUGCAUGUACAAAGGCGAGGUCCACCUCUGCUUCUACCAAGGCGUGCAGAUGCUCGGCUGGGGCCAUGGUCACGGCCUCAUAAUGGACAAACACUACCGCAUCGUCAAAUCCGUCGAGCCUGGUAGCUACCAGGCUUCGUCCGACAUGCAUGAGUUUAGACUCAUCAACGACGGGAGACAAGCACUGCUGACACAGUAUCUCCGCAGCGUGUACGACCUGUGUCCGUGGGAUCUGUGUGACGGCCUAGGGUACAUUCAGCAAGGAGCGUUCCAGGAAGUCGACGUCGACACAGGGGAUGUCCUUUUCGAAUGGCAUAGUCUCGAUCAUGUCGACGCGCACGAGAGCUGGGUUCCGCCGGGUACCACUGAGAUCAGUGGGAGUGGUGAACACCCAGAAAGUCCGUGGGACUACUUCCACAUCAACUCGAUCGACAAGAAUCAGUUCGGCGAUUACCUCAUCUCGGCACGACACACUUCUGCCCUGUACAAGCUCUCUGGCGUCGACGGGCAUGUCAUCUGGCGGCUCAAUGGCGCCAAGUCGGACUAUGUCCUUGACGGGUUUCAUUUCUCCUCCCAGCACGAUGCCAGGUUCAUCUCCGACAACGAAACACAUACAGUCCUGUCCCUGUUCGACAACGGCACUAAUGGCUUCAACCAGACACAGCCUCAUUCCACCGGCCAGAUCAUUGUCGUUGACCACACGACGAAAGUCGCGACCGCGAUUUUGAAUCUUGAUCCCCCGUUCGUCGAUGGACACGCACAUAUCUCGAAAUCUCAGGGGAGCAUGCAGAUCCUGCCGAAUGGAGGUAUCCUCAUGGGCUGGGGCAACGAUGCCUUCUGGACCGAGUACGCCCCGGGGACGCACGAGAUCAUCUUCUACGGAGCCCUGGCGUGGACGAACACGAUGAACUACCGGGUCCACAAGUUCGACAACUGGGUCGGCAUGCCACUCACCAAACCCGCCAUCUGGACUUUCUCGAAAGAGGGAGGAGAAAUGAUGAUGUACGUCUCCUGGAACGGCGCGACCGAGGUGAAAUCCUGGCGGUUCUAUGGUGGAGAUUCGAAGCAGGGUCCGUGGGAGGAACUCGGGCAAGUUCCUAAGAGGGGGUUCGAGUCCUUCUACAGACACCCUACGACACACACCUACAACUACGCGGAGGCAUUGGAUAAGGAUGGCCACGUCCUGGGCACUUCGGCCGUGGAAAAGACUUUCAUUCCCAAUGCCCAGUUGAAGGAGUAUUGCGACGACAUCGCCUGCCGGUUCAUGCCCAGUCCGCAACAGAGACAGAAGGAGAAGGAGGAAGCUGAGAAUGCCAGGUUGGGGCUGGAUGUGCCCGACGUGCCGGACGAGCAGGAUAAACUCGAGGCUGAAAGGCAGCGCGCCGAGCAGAUCAAGAACGCCGAAAUCUACGGUGGCACGUUCGGCGGCUUGGUCGUCCUGAUCAUCCUGAUCAUCGUGCUGGCCACCAGGAAUGUCGUGUCCCGGCCCGUGCAUGCGUUGGCCUACAACUUUUACAGGGCUAUCAGCAGACGGAGCACACGAGGAAGCGACCUCGGCAUCGGUGCAGGAUACAAGGCUUUGGCCUUGGAAGAGCAGGAUGGUGAUAGGGCUCCUAUGAUCAGGGACCCUUCGUAA